AAAGAAUUUGCAAUUUAUUGUCAUGAUUUUUCUCCUUUGGGUGGGAAAUGAAGAACUUUAGACCCAAAGGUUUCUUGCAUUUUCUUUUCCAGAAACCAAAGGUUUUUACACUGUCCACCCAACAUUGAGUGCAGUACAUGGUUGAAAAUUGUGCAUUUUUAUAUCAUCUCGCAGAAACCCAAACAAAGCCUUCCUCUUUCUCUCCCUCUGUCAAGCCAUGCUCAUGGAAAGGUUUAGCUUUCUCUACCUAGUUGGAGCUCUAUCAGUUCAGUCCUGCUUGCUUCUUUUGGCUGCGUCCCCCUCCAACUUCACUGAUCAAUCCGCUCUCCUCGCCUUCAAAUCAGAUAUCAUCGAUCCAACCCACUCUAUCUUGGGUGGUAAUUGGACCCAAGAAACAAGCUUUUGUAAUUGGGUUGGGGUCUCUUGUAGUCGGAGAAGACAGAGAGUCACAGCUUUGCGCCUUCAGAAAAGGGGUCUUAAGGGCACUCUUUCUCCCUAUCUUGGCAAUCUCUCCUUUAUCGUGUUGCUUGACCUCAGUAAUAAUAGCUUUGGCGGCCAUCUGCCAUAUGAGCUUGGUCAUUUAUAUCGUUUGAGAAUACUGAUAUUACAAAAUAACCAGCUAGAAGGAAAGAUCCCGCCCAGUAUAUCCCAUUGCCGGAGGCUUGAAUUCAUCUCUCUUGCAUCAAACUGGCUGAGUGGUGGCAUACCAGAGGAGUUAGGCAUCUUGCCCAAGCUAGAUUCCUUGCUUCUGGGAGGAAACAAUCUCAGGGGUACAAUCCCAUCAUCCCUAGGCAACAUCUCAACUUUAGAGUUGUUGGGUUUGCGUGAGACUGGCCUCACAGGUUCAAUUCCUUCUCUCAUCUUUAACAUAUCUUCUCUACUGUCAAUUAUUCUUACCGGUAAUAGCAUCUCGGGUAGUCUUUCUGUUGAUAUUUGCCAGCACUCCCCUAAUAUUGAAGAAUUGCUUUUCACUGACAACCAACUUAGCGGCCAACUACCAUCAGGAAUUCACCGUUGUAGGGAGCUUCUCUUUGCAUCUCUAUCAUACAAUAGGUUUGAUGGACAAAUACCAGAAGAAAUCGGGAGUUUACGAAAUCUUGAGGAGCUGUAUCUUGGUGGUAACCAUUUGACAGGACCCAUUCCAUCCUCCAUUGGCAACAUUUCAAGCUUACAGAUUCUAUUCUUAGAGGACAACAAAAUCCAAGGUAGCAUACCGAGUACCUUGGGAAAUCUUUUGAAUCUAAGUUAUCUGGUCCUGGAAUUAAAUGAGCUCACUGGGGCAAUACCACAAGAAAUCUUCAACAUCUCCUCUCUACAAAUUCUGUCCGUUGUAAAAAACAAUCUUUCUGGAAAUCUUCCAUCAACGACUGGGCUUGGGCUUCCUAAUCUUAUGGUUCUCUUUCUAGCAGGGAAUGGCCUUAGUGGAAAAAUUCCUCCAUCUCUUUCGAACUAUUCUCAGCUCACUAAGAUUGAUAUUGGCAACAAUUUAUUCACGGGACCAAUACCCCCAAGCCUAGGCAACUUAAAAUUCCUCCAAACCCUUUCUCUUGGAGAAAAUCAGCUAAAAGUAGAACCGGGAAGGCCUGAACUUAGUUUCAUUACUGCUUUAACAAACUGCAGACUUUUAGAAGAGAUAACUAUGCCGAACAAUCCCCUGGGUGGCAUCAUACCAAAUUCGAUUGGGAAUUUGUCAAACCACGUUAGAAAUAUUGUUGCAUUUGGAUGCCAACUAAAGGGUCAUAUUCCUUCAGGGAUUGGUUCUUUGAAAAACUUGGGUACACUUGAAUUGGGCGACAACAAUCUGAAUGGAAACAUCCCAUCAACAAUUGGAAGAUUGGAGAAUCUACAAAGGAUGAAUAUUUUUAAUAACGAGCUUGAAGGGCCCAUUCCAGAAGAGCUUUGUGGUUUAAGGGACCUGGGGGAAUUAUCACUCUAUAAUAAUAAACUGUCUGGGUCAAUCCCACAUUGCAUUGGAAAUCUUAGUAGAUUACAGAAGCUAUUCCUGAGUUCCAAUAGUUUGACCUCCUCAAUACCAACAGGUCUAUGGAGCCUUGGAAACCUCUUGUUCUUGAAUUUAUCAUUCAAUUCUCUUGGCGGAUCCCUACCUUCAGACAUGGGAACUCUGACUGUCAUAGAGGAUAUAGAUUUAUCUUGGAACAAACUCAUUGGAAAUAUCCCAGGCAUCCUUGGGACCUUUGAAAGCCUAUAUUCCCUCAACUUGUCGAGAAACUCUUUCCAAGAAGCAAUUCCAGAAACACUUGGCAAGUUGAGAGCGUUGGAAUUCAUGGAUCUUUCACAAAACAAUCUAUCUGGCACAAUACCCAAGUCUUUUGAGGCACUUUCACAUCUCAAGUAUUUGAAUUUGUCUUUCAACAAUCUAUCAGGAGAGAUCCCGAAUGGGGGCCCUUUUGUGAACUUCACAGCUCAAUCAUUUUUGGAGAACAAAGCACUUUGUGGGCGCUCAAUCUUACUAGUAUCACCUUGUCCAACUAAUAGAACACAGGAAUCAAAGACUAAGCAAGUUCUUCUCAAAUACGUUCUUCCAGGCAUUGCAGCAGUUGUAGUAUUUGGAGCUCUCUAUUAUAUGCUGAAGAAUUAUAGAAAAGGUAAACUACGAAUUCAAAAUUUGGUUGAUUUGUUACCUUCAAUUCAGCACAGGAUGAUUUCAUAUCUGGAGCUUCAACGUGCCACAAAUAGCUUCUGUGAAACCAACUUGCUUGGAGUGGGAAGUUUUGGUUCAGUAUACAAAGGAAUUCUAUCUGAUGGUACAACUGUUGCAGUUAAAGUCCUGAAUUUGCGACUCGAAGGUGCUUUUAAAAGUUUUGAUGCAGAAUGUAAGGUACUAGCAAGGAUUCGACAUAGGAAUCUCAUCAAAGUCAUAAGUUCAUGUUCAAACCUUGAUGUAAGAGCUUUGGUUUUGCAAUACAUGUCCAACGGCAGUCUUGAGAAGUGGUUAUAUUCUCAUAACUACUGCUUGAAUCUCUUUCAAAGAGUAAGCAUCAUGUUGGAUGUUGCCUUAGCUUUGGAAUAUCUCCAUCAUAGUCAAUCAGAGCCUGUGGUUCACUGUGAUUUGAAGCCCAGCAAUGUCCUCCUAGAUGAUGACAUGGUUGCACAUGUGGGCGACUUUGGUCUUGCAAAGAUUUUAGUAGAAAACAAGGUUGUAACACAGACAAAGACCCUGGGUACUCUCGGCUAUAUUGCACCAGAGUAUGGUUCUGAAGGAAGAGUAUCUACAAAAGGUGAUGUUUACAGCUACGGGAUUAUGCUGUUGGAGAUCUUCACAAGAAAGAAACCGACUGAUGAAAUGUUCUCUGAAGAGCUGAGUUUGAGGCAAUGGGUAAAUGCAUCACUUCCUGAAAACGUAAUGGAAGUUGUUGAUGGUGGCUUAUUGAGUAUAGAAGAUGGUGAAGCUGGAGGAGAUGUGAUGGCCACACAAAGUAAUCUUCUUCUUGCUAUUAUGGAAUUAGGCUUAGAGUGUUCGAGGGACUUGCCUGAAGAGAGGAAAGGCAUAAAAGACGUGGUCGUCAAGCUGAACAAGAUCAAACUGCAAUUUCUUCGCAGGACGCGUGCUUGAUACUCCACUCUUUAUCAGAACUUCGGUUCCAUAUGGCUGAUAGCAAUCUGAAUGAAAAGACAAUUUAUGCUUUACGAAGUAUGCUAGAGACAAUAUUUUCAUCCGAAAUAAGAAAGAGAUUGUAUUAAUUACUAUUCGAUACCAUGAAAUGGAAUAGCUGCAUUUUGUUAGAAGUUAAAAUGAAUCUAUUUGCCAACAGUGAAUGAAUCAUUUCUUUAUUAGCGAUUGAUUA